AUGGAACGGGGGUCCAGCCUCCGAUCGCCCCAAGUAGCACCUUCCGAUGAGCCGCAUAUAGGGCCCGGGGUUGACGCUCCGGACAAUGGUAUCUCAAACGAGGCGUUCUUGGAGGAUGAAGGGGAGAUCGUCCCGACCGCUGAUGCCGAGAAUGGCGAGCCGGACAUGGAAGGAAAUCUGGGGUGGUCUUUUGAAGCCACUAUGCAGACAACGCUGGUUUUAAGAAGCAUCUACUGUAAAGAUUCCGGGUCGACGAUGGACAUUCAGUUUUCAAUCACCAACAUGAAUAUGAGUGAUAUUCAGGAUUGCAAGUCUACUUGUGCUGGCAACAAGGGUUACUGUCUCAAUGACGGCGACUGUCACGAGAACAAUAAUUAUAUUAUUUGCAAUAAACAGAAACAGGAAUUUCAUUCUACAAGCAUGCGCAAUGGUAGGUCAAGUCAUUCCUCUGAGCUCAUCAAGAAAACGCUUAUAAUAAUUAUUGGUAUUAUAGCAGCUGCUGGGAUCGCUGUUUUACUUUUACUGGUGCUGAUUGUUGGGUGUGGUUUUAGUCGUUUCUCUACCAUGGGAAAGGAAUCCGACAAGUAUUUGGUUCCUGUUGAUAAGAAUACCGUGGCGUUGGAGAUGCUUGACGAACCACCUUCUGCCGUUGGGGGCGUCGCUUGUCAGACCAUGGAAUCCUUCCUGCUGUCGAAAUACAUGAGAAAUGGUGUGCCGCCCAAACCAGGUAUGUUCGUCUUGUGACUGAAAGAGGGAUGGAAGAGUAAACGGGAAAAA